AUGAUGGACGUGAGUAAUCUUCCAGCUCGGUGGAACAAACUUGCGGGAGACGCUCAGCAGGACAUCAUUAACUAUCUCAAGGUCAAGCAGGAGUUUGCAUGGACCUAUCUGACCCAGGACGAGAAAAAAGCCAUCUACUACAUCAGUUACGGAGAGUGGGGGCCGAGAGACGAGAAAUCGAUGGGAAUACCGGACCUGGUGUUCAAGAUCAUGUCUAGCUCGAUUUUGUUAGGCGUUGCUGGGUUCACGCUUUUGACCUACGCACGAGAUCAGUCCAAACACGACGAAUGA